AUGGCUUACAACUCAACACAUGAGUAUCUUAAUAUUGUGGAUAGACUCACUGAUGACUACAAUAUUCCUAACAAUAUUACAGAUUCAUUGUUGGGAUACCUAAAGUUUAUAUACAGAUCAGAACUUGAAGAUCGUUACAGCGCACCUAUGUUAUGGAUUGGGAUGUAUAUUGCGUUAGCGUCUCUUGUUUGCAUCCUUGCCAUGGUGGCUGAAUUAGUACAUGGUUUUCGCAGCAGAAUGUUAUGGUUCCCCUCUAAAUAUUUUACUAUUAAUUCUGCUUCUCUUACGGUAAUAUCUGUUGCAAUGAAGUUACCUGUGGAUCUGACUGGUUCCAUGCCGGGUUAUGUGGACCAAAUGGCAAAGCUCGGAAGCAUGGCCUUUAUGUGUACCAUGAUGGCUAAUUUACUGCUUUCUUUAGGAACCAUGGACAACAAUGAACUUUUAUCAAACCUAGCAGCUUUGUCUGUUCAAGUCAUCACCUUGGUUGUGAAUGUUUGCAUUCAAAUGCAAACGGGAGCUGUAUCCAUAUCAACCCAUAAAGAAGAUCCCCGUAUCAUACAGCUUACUUCACCUACACAUAUAAGUACCCAUCCUAAUGCUGUAUUACCCUUUAUUUAUGUGUUUUUGUUAGUUUUCUUGUUGAUAGUAUACAUAUGUUCAUCUUUGGCGAUUCUAAAAUCCAAACAGAUAAUGGACUCCAAAUACCAAUAUGGUCAUGAGGAAGCUUCAAAGGACAUUCAAUCGUCACCAGGAGAAAUAGUAACAGUUGAGAAGCUAGAAUACCAUGUGAGAAAGCAUUGGAUGAUGGUAGAAAGUGGCAGCUGCCUCCAUUUCAUAACAGCUUGCUUUCAUCCAACAUCUGCUUCUGGGGUAAUAUGUCUAUUAAUCACCAUCUUCCACACUUAUACUAUGUCCGGGACUAUUAAAGCCAUGUUAGCUAAGGAAUAUGAUUCGGAUUAUGGCUGGUCCAUGCUAGUAAUUCUCACAGUACAAUCAAUUGGAGUCCUGAUUGGUACAAUUGUACCACUUUCUAGAUGUUUUGCAACCUUAAGCUUUGAAGGGUCCUUUUCAAUCCACUUUAAGGUCUUUAAAGUAGAACGCUACUGGACUCAUAAGUUAAAUGAUUGGAAACAAGCUAGUAUAAGACUCCCAUUUCAUAGCCGCAGACUGAACGUAGUCAUUGAGACUUCCAAAAGGCUAAUUAUCUACAUUUGUAUACAACUUCAGAAGGGAGUUGUGGUGUUGUGCAAGAUAAUAGCCUUGAUUCCAUUAGUAUUUGUGAUAUGUGUCUCUUAUUGUUACCAUUGUUUGAAGCCCGUGUUUAUUUUAUCGAUAAGUGAUGCUAAUCCGAUCAUACAGAUAUAUAUUUUGUAUUUUGAAAAUGGGAUGUGGGUUGGUGAGAGAACAGUGGAAGGCUUUUCAAAAUCAGUGAACCCAUUGAUCCAAAAGGGUGCAAAAGGCCAACCCAAUUAUCUAAUAAAGCUCAUUCGAGAAAAAUCUACUGUUGAUUUUCAGGGAGUUGCUGUAUUUAGCCAGACUCAUGACUAUAAUUUUCCAUCAAUACCACUUCGUGGUUUUCAAUCUUCAAAUUGUUGGAGAUUACCUGUGGUAACCCUUACAACGAUUGCAGUUUCUCUUCCUGAAAUCGAAAAGGAGGAAGUUGAUUGCUUGUUGGAAUGUGUUAGGGAAGGACCAAUCGGAACGGAUGGACUUGUGACCACAAACACAAUCACUUACGAACAAUCCACAUCAUUCACACGAGUUCAUGAUUAUGAAUUGAAACGAAACGAUUUGCAGAAAAACAAACUAACCGAAUGA